AUGAUCGCCAUCACGGGCACCAGCGGAAGCAGUCACAGUCAGCGCAGUCCGAACUCAACCUCGCUCGCUGCACCACUUUCUUCGUCCGCUCUCGACCAUCGUGGCUCUCUGACGCCCGGCGUGUAUUCGGAAGAACCGCCCAACUUCAAAGCAAGCGCGGCUGCUACCAAUCCUGCCACCAUGACCGCCACCAACGCUGUCUCCCGCUCCUCUUCCUCUGACCAUUUGUCACAGCACAACAACGUCGACUACUUCAAAGGCGCCGCGCCAUCGCCAAGUGCGCCGACCGCAGACGCGCCAUCUACUCUCACUCAGCCGCCAGGCCACAGUAACCACAGCCAACUGCAGCAAGACAGCCAGAAGGCCGAAGAGCGUAUCAUCACCGCCUCACUCUCCACCUCCUCGGCGCCUUCCGCUUCCGACAAAGUCAGUCAGAGUGCUAGUCCGGACGCUGCUCAGCAGCUAUUGUCCUCAUCGGGCAAUCAGCUAGCUGCUUCCCCCUCUUCAUUGGCACCGCAAAACCGAAUUUCGAUGCGUCCAGACGGCAUCGGCGGUAUGGGCCUUGGCACGGCUGCUACAGGCGAUCUCGGUGCACAGGCCGAAUUCGAGACACUUGACGAUAUGCGCAAGGUCGUCAAGGACCUCGAGGAUGACUUCAACGCCAAGCACCCAGAGAUACCUCUAAGUGGCCGCAUCAUCCACGUCAGCCACUACAUCCCCUUCGAGAUUCGUCCACUCGCAGAGGUCGAUUUUGAACGUCAACGCGAAGAGAGGCUGGCUGCCACUGCCAGCGUCGCAGCCAUGGCAGCCGCUGCUCGUGCACGGAAAGCAGCCAAGCUCGCCGCAGAGGCCGAAAAGCGCGAAAUCGAGGCUCAGCGCGAGCUUCAGCGUCAGGCGGGCGGUAUGCAGGACUUUUCUUCUCGCAAGAACAGUUUCCGCAUCAGCUCGCGUAGGUCGUCCUUUGCCACCGGCUUCGGAAUGACUGGUCUCGAAGGCCAAGACUUUGAAGCUCGACUCCGAGAGAACCAGGAUCGUGCCAGAAGACGCGCCGGCCGAAGGGCGUGGAUGAUGACCGAGGUCGUCGACGACACCAGCGAGUGCUCAGAAGAAGACCGUUUCACCCCCGUUGGCUCGCGAAGAGGUUCCACGUGGUCGGCCGCAAGUCGCGGCAGUUUCAGCAGCUUCAACCAGGAGCCGUGGAGACAAUGGGGCUCGUUGAGCGACGCAAAUAGCCCUUUCGUCGACUCGCCUCCGACCGCACCUCCUCAGCCCCAGUGGGUCCUCACCGCACGACGAGGACACACGGCUCUCAACAGCGGCAUCCGCAGUCUAUGCAGUACCCAUCGUCAGACUUUUAUUGGCUGGCCCGGUGACAUUCGUUACGCUACACAGGCCCGCGACGACCACCGCUCCGACCCUUCUGAAACGACAGAUGCCGAGAAGCGCGAAAUCGAGGGGGUCCUUGCUUCACUCGAUCAAGCCAGUGCAUGGGUCUCGCAGGAGGCUCCUGUUGCUGGCGCGCCUGUCGACCCAGAAUCCAACCAGCCGUCCAUUGGCAAAGUGCCUGUGCCUGUCAUGAACGGUGCCGAACCCAUCGGAUCCGGCGAUCCCUCGACACGUGCAAACGGCAGCGCGAAAGACAAGGCCGCCGCCAAUGCCGCCACCACCUCUCACAACAUCCGGUCGGUCACUGCCAAGAACGAGGGCGACUCGGAGCACGGCAUCAAGUAUGUCCCAGUCUGGCUCGAUUACAACGUUGCUCACGGACACUAUGAGGGUUACUGUAAGGCUACCCUCUGGCCGCUCUUUCACUAUUUGCUGUGGCAAGACGUCAACUCGGAGCGACGAGCUUGGGAAGAAUACAGCUGGGAUGCCUACUACGCCGCCAACGAGGCGUUUGCCAAGCGUGUAGCUCAAGAGUACAAACCUGGCGAUCUUGUCUGGAUCCACGACUACCACCUUUUGCUUGUACCGCUCAUGCUGCGAAAGCUUGUUCCCGAUGCGGUGAUCGGGCUGUUUGUCCAUGCUCCUUUCCCGAGUAGCGAGGUGUUUCGAUGCCUGCCCAAGCGAAAGGAGAUUCUCGAGGGAAUGCUGGGUGCCGAUCUUGCGUGUUUCCAAGCCUUUAGCUACUCGCGCCACUUUUUAUCAUCGUGUAUCCGUGUAUGUGGCUACGAGGCUUCGUCCAACGCGGUUGAAUCAGCCUCUGGCCACGUCACCAACAUUACUUACAACCCGAUCGGCAUCGAUUCAGUCAAGAUUGCCAAGGACAGCUCGUCCGAGGGCGUGCUCCCCAAGAUUGAAGCGAUUCGCGAGAUGUACAAGGGCAAAAAGAUUCUUGUGGGCAGAGACAAGCUGGAUGUAGUGCGCGGUGUGGUGCAAAAGUUGCAAGCCUUUUACAAGUUCCUUGCCGAGUAUCCCGAGUGGCGCAACAAGGUCGUCCUCAUCCAGGUCACCGCGCCCGCGCUCAACGACUCGCCCAAGCUCGAGAGGCAAGUUUCCGAGUUGGUUUCACACAUCAACGGCGAAUUCGGCUCGCUCAGCUUCACACCUGUGCACCAUUACCAUCAGAUUAUCGAUCGGGACGAGUACUUUGCGCUGCUCUCGGUCGCCGACUUGGCGCUCAUCACGUCGGUGCGAGACGGCAUGAACACCACCUCGAUGGAGUACAUCAUCUGCCAGAACCGAUUCAACAAGAGUCCCCUCAUCCUCUCCGAGUUCACCGGCACAGCAGGACGAAUGCGCUCGGCGAUCCAAGUGAACCCUUGGAACAUUUUUGGCGUUGCCAAAGCCAUCGACUAUGCGCUGCGGCUUACCGAUGAGGAGAAGCGAGCCAGACACGAUCAGCUGUACCACCAAGUGGUGAUGCACACGUCGCACACCUGGGCAGCCGGUCUGGUCAAGCAGCUUCUUACGCGCCUGCACAAUGAGCACUCGGCGCACCUGACACCACCGCUGGAUCGCAAGGAGAUGGUGGAAAAGUACCGGAACGCCAAAAAGCGACUGCUGUUGCUAGACUACGAUGGCACGUUGACGCCGAUCGUCAAACAGCCAGAAAUGGCGCUGCCGUCGCAAAGGCUGCUCACGGCGCUCGACGUGCUGUCUCAGGACGAGAAGAACAUCUUCUACAUUAUUUCUGGUCGCGACGGUGGAUUCUUGGGCAAGCAUCUCGGUCAUUUCCGAGGCAUCGGAUUCUCCGCCGAGCAUGGAGGAUUCGUCAAAGAGCCAGGACAGGACGAGUACCGAAAUUUGACCGAAGACCUCGACAUGACGUGGAUGAAGGACAUCCGUAGCGUGUUUGAGUACUACACCGAGCGAACCGCGGGCAGCUUCAUCGAGCAAAAGAAGAGCGCCAUCACGUGGCAUUAUCGUGGAGCCGACCCUGACUUUGGCUCGUUCCAAGCCAAAGAGUGCCAGGCGCAUCUUGAAAACCUUAGUUCACAAAACAAGCUCGCUAUCGAGGUUCUCGUGGGUAAAAAGAACUUAGAAGUGCGACCGCUUGCUAUCAACAAGGGCGAGAUCGUCAAGCGCAUCCUGUACGAUCACCCGGAUGCCGAAUUCGUGUUUUGCGCUGGAGACGACAAGACGGACGAAGACAUGUUCCGGACCUUGUUCAACCUGGCACCUUCGACGCCCGAGAUGGAGGCUGCUUCGGAUCAUGAUCGUUUCGAAGCACCUAGCGAUCUGGGUGGUCAAGUGGCGCGCGAUCAAGCACUGAUCAUCAGUCCUCCGACACCUCUCAAGCCCAAUACGCCUGUGGGAAGCCCCAAGAAGUUGAACUUGACCAGGAGCGGUAUCUACACGACCAUGAUCGGUCCCAACAACCGUAAGACGUUGGCUGAAUGGCACGUAGAUAGCUGUGAGAGGAUCAUUGAUUCUCUCGCCGAGAUGGCAGGCAUUGCAGAUCCGGAUGACGAUGCUCCGAGCGACAGUCGAACCGAAGAUAGGGAGCACGACACGGAAGGAUAA